AUGGCUGUGGCUAUCACAUCGCUUUUGUCGGCUUUUGUCAGGCGCAUUGGAGCAGCAGGAUCGCCCGAUUUCUUCUACAGAGAAGCUCAACGCCUUGGCUAUGUAGCUGGCUCUUUGCUGCAAAUGCAGAAACAGUACAAAUUGAUAACUCCUGGUUCUUCUGUUCUUGAUCUGGGCUGUGCUCCUGGUGCUUGGCUUCAGGUGGCAUGUCAGAGCUUGGGACGACUACAGAAAGGCGGGGCUGUUGUGGGGAUCGAUCUUAAGAAGGUGAAGGUUCCAUCAAUGCAUUGUGAUGCGAGGGUUCAGACUGUUUGUGCUGAUGUAAUGAACUUACCCAAAGGUCAAAUUAGGGCUCUCUCCCCGAAGCAAAAAGGGUUCUCAGUCAUUCUGUCUGAUAUGUGUCCGCUGGUUUCUGGGAUCAGAGCUAGGGAUGCAGCUUUGUCUGCAGAAUUGGGCAUGCGAACACUUGAAUUGGCUGUUGGGGAGGCUGGCUUGGUGCAAGCUGAUGAUAGUGUUAAACAAAAGGAACGAUCAGAUGGCUCUGGUUCUGAUCCAGAGGAUCGUGGGGUUCUGCUGCCUGGAGGCCACCUUGUUGUAAAGCUUUUGGAGAGUGAAGGCUUUGCAGAUUUUAGCCACAUCUGCAAACCCCUUUUCAAAAAGGCAGCACGGUUGAGACCUAAAGCUACAAGGUCAUGCUCCAGAGAAAUAUACUUGAUUUGCCAAGAAUUAAUUAUUGCAGAUGAUCACCAUGACAUUAACAAUCACUCAACAUACAACAUUUAA